AUGGUCAUCAUGAUUGGUCCUCUUAAGUCAUGUGUGGCAUCCUGUGUGGUUCUACUAAUGCUUAUUCACAUGGGUGACUUUUAUCCCAAUGGAAAUAUGGCAAAGAGUUGUGAGUGUGAGCUGGUGAAGAACAACUUCUUCUCCAAGCGUGACGCUCCAAUCUACCAGUGCAUGGGAUGCUGCUUCUCCAGAGCCUACCCUACGCCUUUGCGGUCCAAGGAAACGAUGCCGGUCCCCAAAAACAUCACCUCAGAGGCAACGUGCUGCGUGGCCAAAAACCCAAAAGAUGUGAUAAUCGAUGGUCAUCUAUUGAAGAAUCACACAGACUGCUACUGCGGCUCAUGUCACUAUCACAAGUCUUAUUAGAAACUUAUGAGAGGUUUAUGAGAAAG